AUGUGCUGUGCUGUAUGUGCUCAAAGUGUCUAAUGUUUAAAAAUAAUGUCAGAAUUUUGUCUUUUUCACAGUUGCUCGGAAACAAAACAAUGAAUAUCAUCACAGAAUUAAAAUUUGUCCCAGCAAGAGACACACAUCCUAUAAUACACUGUGUAUUUAAUAACAACCUCAAGAAGCUCAAAAAAUUGCUAAAGGACAACAACAUUAAUGAAACAUACCCAUGCAGAGAGGUGAAAGACUAUAUAACCCCACUGAUUGCAGCUGUUGUAAAACACAAUGUAGAUAUUUGUAGUUUCCUUUUGCAUGAAGGUGCAGACCCAAACUGUGGUUCCGAAACUGGCUCAGCACCUUUGCAUUAUGUCUCACUAUUGAACGCUCCACUUAUCUUUGUUGAAAAACUGCUGGAAGCAAACGCUAAACCAAAUGUAUGUAAUCUACAUCAAAUCACACCACUGCAAUAUGCUGCUAUCAGUAACAGGGAAGAUGUUAUGAAAGAGCUCAUCGCUGCUGGUGCACAGGUAACAUUGUUUCCUGUCAAUGAUCCUGAACGUAUUACACACAAUGAAAAAUUAUCUCAGAUGGUUCAUAACCUUGCAUCAAAAGGACAUGAAUUAUGCUCAAAAAUCAAAUAUUUUGUGGACAUAGAAAAUGCUGUGCGAAUGAAAUCACCUGAAGAAGUGUUCAAAACUUUUGACAGUCACAUGCUGCGGGAGGAUCCUCAGAGCCAUCUGACCAUGAUUGAAAUUUUCUUUAAUUUUUCUGGGCAAAAUGAAGAAAAAUACAGAGAGGGAAGUAUGAAAUGGCUGAAAGACACUGGAAACGUGAACACCUACAUUGCAAAUGCUGUUAGUCGAUUUCCAAAUGUCCCUGAGGCGUUUAUAACAGUUGUAGUUCAUAGCUUACGUGCAGUUCUCUGCACAAUGGGAGACAUCCCAGAUGAGCAAGCACUAGCUAUUAUUGACAAACUACUGGACCAACUUCACAGAAAAGAGAGGCCUAAAAUAUGGGAAGCUGUACUGCAAACACUCUAUGUGAUAACACAGAAAACAAAAGGCAUGAAUGGCUGGGACCCCAACUUUGUUGAGAAGUUAUGCAAAACAGUUGCUCCUUUUAUAGAGGAACAAUACUCCUCUGACAUUAGAGUCUUCACAUACAGCAUUUUUGCAAACUUACUUUCAGUUGAACAUGCAGCGAGCAUCUUUACAUCAGUAGGGGUAACUUCAGUGCCUGAGGACAUACUGACAUCUGCAGACAUGAAAAUGAAUGACAAACUGAAAGAACUGCUCCGACGACUGAAAAAUCAUUUCAGCAAACAGAACAUGGAAUGUGAGGACUUUCCAGCCUUACCAGGAUCCAAGAAGAAGAAGAAAAAGAAUAAGAAAAAGAAGGAAAAGGCAGAAAACCCAAAUGAUGAAGGUUUCAAUGCUGAAACUGAUCAAACAUCAGCUCCUAUAGUGGAAUCUACUUCAAAUGUGAAGCCAUUCCACUUCAACCCAACUACAUCAUCAAUAACACACAAAUGGCUACAAAUCAGCAAGAGGUGGAAAGAAAACUUAGAGAAGCUUCUGAGCACUGAUGAAAGUAAAGUGACCAGAAUUGGGAGCAUGAUUUAUGUGAAUGAUGCAAAAUUCCGCAUAGCAAAGGGAAGUGAUGGUACUGAGGUCUUCUUAGGGCUGAGAGAUGAUGGCACUGAAGUUGCUAUUAAGAGAAUGUCUAAAUGCAACUAUCAAGUGCUGAAAAAUGAAGAAGGGAUUCUACGACUUCCAGAGCUUGAUCAUCCAUCUAUUGUACGUUAUGUCGAUGCUGCAGAGGAUGAGAACUUUGGAUAUCUUGGUCUUCAGCUUUGUGAAUACACUUUGGAGGAAUGUAUCAGAAACAACGAUGAUGGUCUGUUAAAAAAGAAACUUGUCUAUCAGAUCCUCGAGAGUUUAAGAGUGCUUCACUGUCAAAAUCCUCCAAUUCUUCACCGGGAUCUCAAACCACAGAAUGUUUUAAUUGAUGUUAAUGGGAGAGCAAGAUUAGCUGAUUUUGGCAUAAGUAGACGGUUACUGAAAGGCCAAACAACUUAUCGUACAGGCAGUGCAGGAACAAAAUGCUGGAUGGCCAAGGAGACUUUAGCAGAUGAAGAUGACAUCCCAUACAAACCGAGUACUGAUGUACAGGUGGCAGGCAUGCUGAUUUAUUAUACCCUCUCUGGUGGACACCAUCCUUUUGGCGACAAGUCCUAUAAAUGUGAGAGCAACAUUCAUGAAGGGUUGUACACUUUGGACCAUGUUCAAGAUGUGGUGGCAAAGGAUCUCAUUGAGUGGAUGAUCAAUGCAGAACCAAAGAACAGACCAAAAGUUGAAGAAUGCUUGAGUCAUCCCUUCUUCUGGACCACUGACAGAGUGGAAUACUUGAGAAGGACAGGUAACAGGGAGGAGGUGGCAAACUGUCGAAAUACUGACCCAAAAUUAAUUUCUUCGCUUGAAGAAUGUGCUGGCAAUGUAUCCUUCAAACAGUGGAAAGAUAAGUUUCCACCAGCGUUGGUCCAGAAGAUGGAUGCCAAGAACAAAGCCUACCCUGACAACACACUGGGAUUACUGCGCUUCAUACGAAACCUUCAUGAGCAUUAUGCUAAGGAUGCAGCCCAAGUUGAUGUGAUGGCCUUUUUUCCUGACCUCUUUGGAUGUGUUUACAAAUUUGCCAAGACCCAAAGGUGGAAUUUAGAGAGUCCCUUGAAGGAAAUGUUUCAGAGAGAACACUUCACCACCAGCUUUGUGAUGCCAUUGAUAAACCUUGAGGAGCACCUGGGUGUCCCAGUUCAAGAGUCUGAACCCAGUGACUUGAAGUGAAGUUGACUUCAAAAUGAAUAAAGGACUUCAGAAACAAGAGUUAAAAAUCCAACAGGCCUUUUCACAAUUGACAUUUUCCUCCUGUGAUAUGUCAAAACAUCUUUAAUGAAAUAGUCCUGCAAGGUUGUGUGUAUUGUUAUGUAUUGUCAGUACAAUACUAUUUCUGAAAAGCUGACAGUAACAGGAAGUAGAUUGUACGAUAAUGUUUUGUAGUAUCAUUUUAAGGCACUUUUACUUCACUUUAGUAUUUGUACUUUUUGAGAUUUCAUACUUUUGCUUGACCAUUACCCUUGUGAGGAACAAUACACUUUAUUUUUAUUAUAAAUUAAUUUUUAUUCUUGAAUUUUUGCAUGAUCCCAAAUGAGAAUGAUUGGAUUGGUCAUUUUGAUUUUUAGAUGCUAUUAUGUUUUAUUGGAUGAAAAAUGAAUAUGGUAUUAAAAUCUGCUGUCCGUGAAACUAUAAAAGAGCUAAGAAAUCAGUCCUCUUCAUGAAUGGACUCAGGUUUUGUAUUCUGUGAAGAGAAUGAGACUCUACUGCAUUCAACUUUGAAGAUGUCUGGUGCCUUUUUUGAAGAUUAGAUUCAAUUUUUUUCAUUUAGAUUUUUUUGUUUUGUUUUUUGUUUGUUUGUUUUGUGUGUGUUCCAGACGUUGGGUCUCUGUCUCAAGAUCUAGACUUCUGAUUCACAACAAUUUUCAACAUUCCUCUUAUCAAUCUAAAAAAUAAUCUUCUUUCCGUCUUAUCAGUGAAGAUGGUAAUGUUUUAUCAUUCAUUGAUCACUGUGAAUUAUGUCACAUGUACAUAAUAUGAUGUCACCAUCCUUCAUGCUGCAAUUCAAAGUGAGUAUUCAUAUAAAUCCCUGUAUGUACGCAAAAA